AGACAUUAUUGCCACAAAACUUGCAUUACGUAGAACACGAAAGGAAACACUUUCUCGCUGUCAUCUCUCUCUAGCCAUGGAUCUCUUCAUGGUACUUUGCUUUCUACCUCUAUUAUUUGCUUUCUCCUGCAUCUGCAAGAUGGUUCUUCAAUGGAGAGACCAAGGUUGUUACAUGUUGGCUUAUGAGUGCUUCAGGGCCCCUGAGGACAGGAAGCUCGACACUGAGUCCUGCGCAAAAAUCGUCCUCCGAAACAAGAAUCUGGGUUUGGAAGAAUACCGGUUUCUCUUGAAAACCAUUGUCAGUUCAGGGCUCGGUGAAGAAACUUAUGGCCCACCGAAUGUCGUGGCGGGCAGAGAAGAAUGUCCAACAAUGGCAGAUGCCGAUUUUGAGACGAAUGAAAUCAUCUUUGACACACUUGACAAGCUUUUUGCGAGUACAGGAGUUUCUCCAUCAGAAGUCGACAUACUUGUCGUGAACGUGUCCUUGUUCUCUCCCUCGCCCUCCCUAGCUGCGCGGAUAAUAAAUCGUUAUAAGAUGAGGGAGAACAUCAAGGCUUUCAACCUCGCUGGAAUGGGCUGCAGUGCAAGCCUUAUAGCAAUCGAUAUUGUCCAGCGCUUGUUCAAGACAUAUAAAGAAGCAUUUGCUAUCGUUGUCAGUACGGAAUCCAUGGGUCCGCACUGGUAUCGUGGCAAAGAAAAAUCCAUGCUCCUCUCCAACUGUCUAUUCCGUGCCGGAGGCUGUUCAAUGCUCUUCACAAACAACAGAGCUUUGAAGCAUCGAGCCAUCUUGAGAUUAAAAUACCUAUUUCGAACGCAUCUUGGCUCAAGCGAUGAAGCAUAUGAAUGCUGCACACAAGUAGAAGAUGAGCGUGGCUACCUUGGCUUUCGCCUCACAAAAAGCCUCACAAAAGCUGCUGCCCAAGCUUUUACAAUUAACCUCCGAGUGCUAGUACCUAAAGUACUGCCACUAAAGGAACUACUCCGCUACCUCAUAGUAGCAAUCCAGCAGACCAAAACCAGCAGCCAGGAACUUGAAGCAGUGGGAUUGCAUCUGAAUUUUAAAGCUGGAGUGGACCACUUCUGUAUCCAUCCUGGUGGAAGGGCCGUAAUUGAUGGGGUUGGCAAGGGUUUACGGCUGAACGAAUAUGACCUCGAGCCAGCUAGAAUGGCGCUUCAUCGAUUUGGUAACACCUCUGCCGGUGGCCUUUGGUAUGUUUUGGGUUACAUGGAGGCUAAGAAGAGGCUUAAAAAGGGAGACAGAAUUCUGAUGAUCAGCUUCGGAGCGGGAUUUAAGUGCAACAACUGUUUGUGGGAGGUGAUGAGGGACUUGGACGGUGGAAAUGUUUGGAAAGACUGCAUAGAGAGUUAUCCACCUAAAACCGGCAUACUCAACCCUUUCGUCGAGAAGUAUAGUUGGAUUAAUGACGAACAUCUGAGCUUUGUCAGAGUACUUGAUUUGUAAGUUUCAGCUGGUGAUCUAUGCAGCUUGCAUGCUCAAUCGUUCGAGUCUUCCCCGCUAUAACAAUAAUAUUGCAUGGAGUUAAUAUGCUUCUAGAAGGACACGUCCUCAUGGAUGGCCGGCCUGUACGUGAUAUAUAGAACUAGUGUAAAAGAAAUCGACGUAUCAUGAUAAAAAUUCAAGAUACGAAGCCCAUCUCCUUAUGAAAGUAAAUUAGUUACUGUGAAUUCAGCAUGCAUGUACCGGUCUGUUUCCUUUCAGUCGAAUUAUCAAUGUACUGUAUUCAUAUACUAAAAUGAUUAAUUUCGCGUCA